AUGUCGAGUGAGCGCGUCGGCCACGACGCGGCUCGGCCAGCACAGCCGCCCGCCCCUGUGCCUCCGUACGUGUAUACCCGGCCAGCGGCCCCGACGACGUACACGCAUCCCAUCUUGACCGUGCGCGACGUGAGCCGCCCGACGCCACCUGGCCCCAGUACGCAGCCUUUGUCGACGCCCUCCUCUCGCCCGCCCUUUAUCGUGUCCAAUGCGCUCGCGGCCGCCUCGGGUCUGCACCUCGCGCCGCGGCGCGCCGCGGCGAGCGCAGCGACGCCAGCGCCCACGGCGCCGCCGGCUGUGAGCGCGCCGUCGGAGGCGCGGCCGGUGCGCCUGCCGCCGCCCAAGGACCUCGUCGCCGAAGACGCCGAACUCGCCGCGCAGCGCUCCCGCACCCAGGCGCGGCUCCGUGCGCACCUCGAGCGCGAUCACGAGCGCACGCUGCGUCCCGACACCACGACGCCGUUCCGCGAUGCGGACGAUGUGGUCGCGCGCCUCUUGCCGUACCACGUGUGGCAGCUGCCGGAGCGCGACUUGCUGCGUGCCAUGGACGCCCGCAUCUCCGAUACGCCGCCGCACGGCCCCGACGCGGCGCUGCAGUUUACGGUGCCGUACCGCGCGCGGCCGGCGCCCCCUGAUACCCCCGACGCGUACCUCACGCUGCCUGCGUUCCCGUCGGAAGCGUACACGGACAGCGUGUACGUGCGGCACGCGCAGCUGCAGCGCCGCUUCGCCGCGCUCCAGACGCGUGCGUCGACGACGCAUGCGAGCGCGCCGUGCAUGUCUGCGUCGCUCGAGCACAUCGAGCGCCUGCUGUAUGAAGACGAGCUGCAUGCGUUCCAGGACAUGACGGCGGCGCUGCGCAAGGCGCGGUCGGAUCUCGAAGAGCUCGAGCGGCAGCACACGCCGUCGACCGAGCUGCCGGCUGUGCGGCCCGUCCCGCGACCCGAGCAGCCGCGGCCCGCCGCGCCGCUGUCGUCGGCGGCCGUCUCGCAUCUCGCCGGCCUCACGCCCAGCCCGUACGUCCCGCCCGUGCCGCCCGGCGCGGCGAGCCGGCCACCCGCGCCGCCGGCGUCCGUGCCGGCGGCCGAGUCGCUGAGCCGCCCCGCCAUUCCGACGCAGCCAUUGCCGCUCGUCGUGCCGAUGACAUGCGUGCCGCGCCUCACGGCGCUGGGCAUCCACCUCGUGCCAGCCACGCAUCUUCUACCUGCCCUGUCUCUCGCGAGCGCGGGUCAAUCUAUGGCCAUGAACGCCGGGCUCACAGCGCCGCGCCCCGUCGUCGGCGUCCAAAACGAACCUGUGCUGCUGGUCGGCAUCACCGAUGCACCGACGCCCCUCGCGCCCGGCGCGAGUCCUGCCUCGCGGCAGCGCCUGCAUCUGAGCGUCGUGCUCUCGAAGCUCCGUCCCGAGCAGCUCAGUGGCCUCGCUCACAUCAUGCAGACGCUCCAGCACGAGGACGAUCCGUCAUAG